AGCGUCGCGGUCAGGUGGUUUUCCGGCAAGUCGCGCCACCACUUCGGUUGUUCCCUCUCUCUCUCUCUCUCUACACGGAGCGCAUUCGCUUCUCUCCUCGGUCGCCUCCGCGGUAAUGGCGGUCGAUUCUCGCGAGCACGUAAGGGAGGAGAGUUUGAGGGGUUGCAUGCUUGACUGAGCUUGAAAAUUCUGGGGAAGAUGCAAAAUGAGGACAGAACGUGCUUCCCGGUGAUUGCGGAUGUGAGCCGCGAUCUUCCCGUCGGUUGUCGGUGCUUCUGUGCGCUUGAUUCGAUUAUUGAGGAAGACAACCAACACUGUCAGCUGGGCUUCGAUUCAGGUUUAUACCCAGUCUUCCUUGAUGAGGAUUCACUUCCAAUGAAAUUAAACUGCCCCUUUCACCAUUCGCAAGCGAUGGACAAUGAUGUCUAUAGCAUCUCCCUGUUGCCUGAAGAAGACGAUAUGAGUGCACAAUGUGGAUCAAAGCUAGCAGUCCUUAGCUUACUAGAAGUUCAAGAUCCAUGUGAAAAACAGAUAUGCUUUGAUGGCCAUGCAAAUUGUGAAGAAUGCUUCGACUUUCAAAAGGAAAGCUUAGAAGCUUAUUCACAGUGUGUUAUAGAUAUAGAUAUCGAGAAGGAAACUGGGGAAGAAUCUAAACUCCGAGACGAAUCUCAUGGGAACAAAAACAGUGAUAGUUUACUUGCUAAUGCUCCAAGGGUCUUGCAGAGACAAGUGAGCUUGAAGACGGGCGAAAAGUUAGCUCAACUACUAAUGGAUCACAAUGCAAUGUUGCUGAAUCUCCCUAAUAAAGAAAAGCCAGUGACAGAGAGGUUUCAUGAUUCCUCAAACAACAGAUGGAGGAGAUACAAGCGUGCUGCCUCAUUUGAUUCCAGGAAAAUUGUCAUCCUCUUCUCCAUCUUGUCAAGCUUUGGGACAUUGGUACUCAUUUAUCUAACCCUCAGAGUUAGGCAGAAUGGUACUGGGUUCGAGCACAGCUCAUGACAGUUUGAUGCUACUCUGUUAUAUUUAGAAUUGGCUGUUGUAAAUCUUUCUUUCCUGUUUCUUUCUAGUGAGUAUUACUAGGCUUGUAUGUACAUAGGCGAAUCUGCUCAACUGCUUUGGACUUGGAUUGCUUGGUAAUGCAUACUUACUGUGAUUAAAUGUCGGCAAAAGCUAAUUCUUAUUAUG